AUGCUAAGAAUUAUAAUAUUUCUUGUGAUAACGACAUUCGCUAUAUGUGAACGUCAGACUCCUCCAUCACAUCCAUUAUGGCCUGAUGGAUUCAAAACACAAGCAUUAAUAACUGCUUUUGAUGAAAAUAAUCAACCACAUCUUCAUCGUAGUCUUUUUUAUUAUGCAUACACAAACCAAACAGCUAGUGGAAAAUGGCAUGGUCAAGAACGACAUGAUCAUUUCGGUUACUGUUAUGGUUGGGCAUUGAAUGAAUCGAGUUGUACUAUAUUGAUUAUUGGAGAUGUCUAUGUUAUUUCUCAGAAUCUUUGUUGCAUAGCUAUGCCGGGUAAUUUUGGUGUACCUAGAGAUUGGCUUCAAAGUGCAACAUGGCUUGGAAUAGAAGAGAUACAUGGCAGAACUGUUGAUCAUUGGUACGCUUGGGAACAUGAAUAUUGGAGUGAUGUUGAUGAGCCUAGAAAUGGUGUUCGUUAUUCGGGACCUAAUUUUAAAACACCUCGUCAAUUUACUGAUUACGAUGCAUGGGAAAUUGCUCCACAAGAUCCUCGUCUUUUUGAUUUACCAAAAGAUACUGACUGCAGUAAACCAUGUCCGUAA